UUCGUAAUCGCAACAAGAAUUGUGUAGAUGUAGAUACUCUUUGUUUUUGGUCAAAUUCAGUUGUCGUUCAGGAGGCCUAGGAUAAUAAAUGCGAGCAAGGAAAUAACUAAAAGCACCGUCAAUAUAACCACCUGUGGUUUUCGGUUAUUAUCGCAAUUCAAUCCAAUCAUCAAGUGCAACGCCAAUAGUUUAAGCGCGAGUUUAGUUUACCCUUCCACUUCGAAGCUCACACCUUAAAACUUGUUUUGAGUGCCAAAGUAGAGCGAGUGUUUGUGCGUUUGUGUAUACCUACAAACAGAUGUAAAAGUUUUCAGAAAUUCCAACACAACUCACAAAUUGCACUGCAGAACUACUUGCAUUGCUAGUUGGAAAUAUUUAAAUGAAAUAAUUUAAUUGCGGAGACUGGUAUCAAUUCACAGCCAUUCAAAAUGGCACUGUGCAGUAUGCCGGGAAAGGGGAACAACCGCGAUCGCAUCCGGGAUCCCCGCGAGGAGAUCCUGCUCGAGACGAACUUCGAGGACGAUGGCGGAGUCCUGACGCGCGCCUACAACGGAAAUCCGUACAAUCCGUCCAUCCAGAACCGCAGACGCAACUCGUACCGCUCGGAUCACUCCUUGGACAGGUACACAGAGCGCGGAGGCGAAGGAGAAUGCUGCCAAUCAUGCAUGGCGCGUAUUCCAUACGCCACUCUGAUAGCCACGCUCAUGUGCCUCCUGGGAGUGGGCAUCUUCUGCUUCACCAUGUACCGAGGGGCCUCACUCACCGUCAUUAUGGUUGACCAGGUCUUUCACCUGCGACUGAUAUGGAUCGAGGCGGUGCAGAUGAUAUUUGUAAUAAUUGGAGCCGGCAUGGCAGCCCUCGGAUUCAUGAUUCUCUUCGUCGGAUUUCUGGCCACCGGUGCCACCAGAUAUAAGGUCUACAGGGCGUGGCGAUCGCGAGUGGGCGGUCGGAUCUCAUGCGCCGUUCUCAUGGGCAUAACCUACCUGCUAAACUUUGUCUGGAGCCUGAUCCUGUGUUUCCUGGUUGUGGUAACCUUCAUUUACACAAUGUUCUGGAACAUGUGCUCGAGUGUGGAGCACUCCCAAAGCUGCAUUGAUUUGACACAAUUCCAUUUUAUGUUUCCAUCAAACACAAAACUCGAGGAUAUGAAGGUCUGUGAAAAGUACGAGAUCAAGGCUUUCUGCAAGGACGGCGUGGAGAACGCAGAGGUCAUGUUCAUAUUGGCCACCCUAUCCACGCUUUUGGUGCUGCUCAGUCUGGUGCAUUAUCUGAUGUGCCUGUCCGCCAACUAUGCCCAUAUUCGAGACCACGAAAAGUUCCAGGAGUUGCAGGAGAUCCAAAACCUCAACGAGCUCGAGUACAGUGCUACUUCAAAGGAUCGCUUCUAGGACAUAUUUCAGAAGAUUCAAUUUGAGCUUAAAGAGAAGUCCAGCGCGAUUUGAGAUUUUCGCGCAUCAUACAACGAACAAUGAACAAAACUCCAUCGAAAACCGACAUGCUUUAGUUAAGAUUUUUUGUUUAGACCUAAGAUUAAAGUUUUGCUUGUUCAUUUCAUGAGUUAGUGGCUUCAAUUAUUAUUUAUGUUCAAACGUCUUCAUAUAUGUAAGCAGUUUUAUCCAAGUAAACACUGCCAAAUGAAAAUAUCCCACUGAAAUCCUGCUUUUUAUAUUCGUGCACUCUUUGACUAACAUUAAUUUUCCGUCCAUUACAUUAAGUUAGCUUACAAUUAUUAUUAUGUUUCUGUUUGCUUUCACCUUUCAAGAAAUAAACACACACAAACAUAAAAGACAAAUUCUUAUGCUCAAAUUGAUUCUUCUGAAUUGCCGAAUGCAUUUUAUUAAAAUACGAAUACGUAAGCUAAUUAGCAGCUUAACAUUAUAUAGUAUAAUCCAUCCGUGCAUGAUUAUCUUUAAAAUCUGUACAAGAAAUUACUUUUACAUGUGUAUAUUUCACUAUUGCAUCUACAACUUGAAAGCAAUACGAAUCCUGCCGUAGUAUUUCUGUAAGUACGGUAGCAGCAGUUUUAUAAGACAAUGUUAAUCUAAAGAUUGGAGUAAGUAUAAAUAUAUAUUUAUCUUGUAUUUAAUAUAUACACCUACGUAAUAAUAAUAAUAUAUUUUAUACUACACUUUUCUAACCUCACACUUAUACAAAAAGGUAGAACGACAUAAAAGUGUUUACACGUAGACUUUUAAAAAUUAAAUAAAAAUGUUUGAGUAAAAUCAA